AUGUUUGGGAGUCAAUGCAACACAUGGGACGAGCGGCCGGUGCGGUGGACGGGCGACAGUCCGGUCGAGACCAUCAAUGGUGUGAACCUAUCGGUGCUGAUCGACAGUCCGGUGCCGUCAGACCUAUUAUUAGCGCAAUUGACAAUCAAUAGAGACUGCGGUUACCCAGACGUGCCGAUUGACGGCAAUUAUAGCCUACACGGGCUCAAUUGGGCACAGCAGUCAGCUCCCCGAUGCUGUUUAUCUAAUAGUUGUGCAUUUAUCGAUAAGAGUGGAGAUAACGACGGCUCGACUGUAACCGUAGUAAUGAUUACAUUGCUAUCUAUGGCUGUCAUCGGUAUAUCUGUGGUAUCGGCGCUGCUCUUCGUGAGGGCCCGUAAACGACAU